AACAAACAGAGUAUGAAUAACGUUAGCGUCAACAUCGCUUACUGUUGUGGGCAAACCGAGUAUUUGUGGCCAGCUGGAAUCAUAGCUCACUGCUCGACUUCUGAACAUCUGUGAUUUGAAGUCUUCGCGAAAGGAACAGCGUCCAGUGUUUUGGGAUUCUGGCAUGUUGGAAAGGAUUGUACGACUUUGAAAACGGACUGUGGAGGGACGAUAACGUUGCACUGAUUUAUGAUAAUCAUAGAGUCGUAAAAGUUGGAGUCAUAGCCUACGCUGAUUUCAUUUUUGCGGACAUUUGCUAUAUCCGCUCAGGCUGGGUAUAUUUUCAGAUAGCCAAACACAUACGCACGCUGUGCCGUGUGUUUGUCCGUCGUUGUCCGUCAUCGUAGUACAUUCUAGCUAGCGAACGUUAACUGUGCUAUGAGUAUGGCGUUCAUCACCAAGACGCUGCCAGAGCACUUCCAAUAUGUGUCUUUUAUUUGGUAUGCGCCUAAAACAGUAUUCCCGAGAUAAAUGCAGCUAUGUUGGGAAUCGGAUGUUAUGUCAUAUAGCGACAUAGCGACAGCGUUUUUUUGAACCAUAUCACUUCUGUCAUAUAGGACGCAACCGACUUUCAUUUACCACGUCGGUGUAACGUAAAAUUGACACUCAUCUGAUUUGAUAUUCCACCGUGACGACGGCGCCUCUACUUGAAGUUAAAGGUUUACAAGGGGCUAAUCUAAAGUUGACACCCCGACCCCACAGCAUCUGCUCGGCCCCACGACGCCAGGUGUGUCCGGGAGGGCAAACAUGUGGAGUCCCGGACCCACGAGCCUGCAGUUCUUGGUGAAAUCCGUGAAACAUGCUGUGGGCAAAGGGCAGAUCCAGCUCAGUCGCUGGCUACAACGGACUACGCCAGAGGCAAUGGACUGCGAUAAAAUCGACAUCCUCAUAUGCAACGCCUUUGACGAGAGGGGCUCAGCGGGGAAGUCCGAGACGGACCUGGACAGCGCCAGCGAGUCCGGAGCGUCCUUCGCGGCUGACUUCAGGCACCCGUGCUGUAUCACCACCUGUUGCUUCAAGAGCGCGCUGCUGGCAUGCAUCCUUACCGCCGUGUGCUUCUCUUCCGUGGCCCUCGUCCGCCAGUACCUCAAAGACCUGCUGCUCUGGGUCGAAAGUUUGGACAGCCUGGUCGGCGCACUGCUCUUCAUAGUCGGACUGAUCAUCGUGGCUUUCCCCUGCGGAUGGGGUUACAUCGUGCUGAACGUGGCCGCGGGCUACCUGUACGGGUUCGUGCUGGGAAUGGGUCUGGUCAUGGUGGGGGUUUUGAUCGGGACGUUUGUCGCGCAUGUGGUGUGUAAGCGGCUACUAACGGAAUGGGUCCUCAACAAGGUCGGGGGCAACGAACAACUCAGCGCCGUCAUCCGGGUGGUGGAGGGCGGCAGCGGACUGAAAAUUGUGGCCUUAGCCAGACUCACCCCUAUACCUUUCGGCCUCCAGAACGCAGUGUUCUCGAUCACAGACGUGUCCUUGCCCAACUACCUAGUGGCCUCCUCGGUGGGGCUGCUGCCCACUCAGCUGCUGAACUCCUACCUGGGCACCACACUGCGCACAAUGGAGGACGUCAUCGCCGAGCAGAGCCUCAGCGGAUACUUUGUCUUCAGUCUGCAGAUCGUCAUCAGUAUCGGCCUGAUGUUCUACGUGGUGCAUCGUGCUCAGAUGGAGCUCAACGCAGCCAUCGCUGCCUGUCAGCUGGAGCUCAAGACGUCCUAUCAGAAUGGGGGGGUUGCGGGGGGGCACUCGGGACCCCCGUACUGCAGCAAGCGCUCCGCGGCCGCCGGCGGGGUCAACAUCGUCUGACCCCCAUCUGACCCCCUCCAGCGUGACCCCCCCUGCAGUCGGACGUGCCCCCCACCCAACCCCCCCUCCUCCUGAUGUGAAGGGCUCGCCCAGGACGCCGGUGCCAAGGUGAAGACGCACCUGUGCCCACCUGUGCCCAUGGCCAUGCCAAGGUGAAGACGCACCUGUGCCCACCUGUACCCAUGGCCAUGCUAGCCGGGUGUGCUGGACAGGGUGCCGCGUGGCACACGAUCAGGGAUGCGGUUAACGGCUGUCGGAUCCCUCAGCACGGCUCUGCCGUUUCCAUGGAGCUCACCGGUCAGGUGAUCGUCAUGGUUUCGGCCUGAACGCCCCGGAUGCAGUGGGCAUGCUGGACCUGUAUCAGGUGGUUGUCAUGGUUACGACCUGUAUCUAGGGGGUUGUUUGUUUUUAUUUUGUUUUUGUUUGUUUUGUAAAUUAUGACCUUUCAAGAAAUUAAUUUUUCUGGAAUGUUUAAGUAUGGAAUUACUACUCUUUUCUCUUGAUGCCUUUUUUUAUUAUUUGGAGAAACUGGUUAGAAACAGAUUUGCUAUAGAGACGAAGAAUAUGGGAUAUUAUAAGUAAACUCAGCGCUAGAGUAGAGAUAUUAUUCCUAGACAAUUAACUUCCAUUUGGGACUCUUUACUGGGAGAGAUUAUUAUUAUUAUAUUGUAGGGAAAGUUUAAGCUAAGCGGUUGUGAUUAAGUAUUCUCUGAAAGUGUGUCAUUAUGUACUUUUUCACAUUUAUACAAAGCUGUUUUGGUACUUUUAAUUAUUUGGAAUUGUGGAUUAAUGAAGAACGGUUGCACAAUAUGAAAAGCAGGGUCGUUAUUCAGGCCUCUUUUAAACCAUUCUAAUUCUUUUCUUAUUUUUUAGUUUCUAUUUUGUUUUUGGGCACCCUUGCUGUUGUUUUUUUGUUUUGUUUACGUGUUAUUUUUUUGCCUUUGGCGAGUAAUUGGUCAGCUGAAGGCCACCUGGUGCAGUGUGUGUGUGUGUGUGUGUGUCUGCCUGCUUCGGCUUGACUCGACUACGUCGCCGAUAGCGACCGGGGAACAGAUGGAAUGUGAAGCGGAAACUCUCUGCAGAAAAAUUCCAGAACGUUCUGCCAAGAAGCACCUCAUCACACUGAGCCUAACACACACACACACACACACACCCUCACCCCCUAUAGUUUACUUAGAUAAGCCCGUCCUGCCCCUGCCCGUCAGUGUCGUCAGUAACCACACACACACACACACACACGCACACAGCCACACGCACACAGCUGGACCUUGCUGUAUAGUUAUCUUCUGUAUCAUGCUCACAUGUUAAUUAUUAAGUGGGACAUUUCAAGGCUUCACGCUUUAUUAUUUUUGACUGCUGUUAUAAUAGAGGUUCUGAUUAGGGGUGGACACACACACUCACACAGGGUUCUGAUUAGGGGUGGACACAUUCACACACACACACACACAGGGAUCUGAUUAGGAGUGGACACACACACAGGGUUCUGAUUAGGGGUGGACACACACACACACACACACAGGUCACCUCGUCCACUUCAGCUCUUAACUUCUCAGCCGUACUGCAGUAAUGAGACUCCGUCUUCACCUCUCACCUCUCUGGGACCUGCCAUCCCAUAAUCGAGCGUCCCCUUUCAUCCCUUAGUCUUGCACAGUUGACACUGACGUUAGCCCCACACACACACACACACACACACGUUAUGUAACCACCAAACUGCCUUUUUUUUUCUACCCCUGUGCCAUGUGCCCUUCCCCUCGGAGACGUUAGGAAUUAGCCUCCCUGCUCUCCACACACACACACACACACACACACACACACACACUCUUCUGAGAGGAGCCGUGGGAGGGGGUAGUGUCCUAAGGAGACGAGACGAGUGCGGCUAGUUGUGACCCCGCCACAUUCUCCUGCCCCGGAGGACUUGAGGGCCUGUCCCGCUCUAUCAGUGUGUGUGUGUGUGUGUGUGUGUGUGUGUGUCCCGCUCUCUUAGUGCUUGUAGCCCUGUCUGUCUGUCUGUCCAGAUGGAGAGCUGACAUGCUUCAAGCUUCAGCACUAGAGGCCUACUGUGUGUGUGUGUGUGUGUGUGUGUGUGUGUGUGUGUGUGUGUACUGGAUGUGAUGGUGAGUAUGCACAGAAAGCCAACUGGAGUUGACACCGUAUCACCACUCCAACACACACACACACACACACACACACACACACACACACACGCACACACACACACACUCCCCUCGCCCUAGACAGUAGUUGUUUCUUAUAGAGAUCAUAACAUUUAACCAGACGAUGUUUAUAGGAGUUAUUUUUGCAAAGUAUUUUAUGAAAAGAUUGAACAAACUGAUGAUGAUGGUAUAGAUUAUGAUGGUAUAGACUGCUGGUUCACCUAGUUUUACUAAGCUGGUGUUUGAGGCACCAUCCAAAAAGCUGACAAUCAGUGUGUGGCCAUGUCUGCGCGUCUGUGUGUGUGUGUGUGUGUGUGUGUGUGUGUGUGUGUGUGUGUGGCUGUGUGUGCGUGCGAGCCUGAAUGUGCCGUGGUUUGGACGUUCCUACUUCAUGAUACACAAACAAACACACACACACGUUUUGUUCCACCAUUCUGCUGCUGCUGCGGGCCAGCUGUGUCCGAGUGUUCUAGCGACAAUAAGGGCUCUAAACGACACAAUGUAUAUCGCAACGGAACAUUCUAUACGCACUCUAAAUGACACAACGUAUAUCGCAACGGAACAUUCUAUACGCACUCUGCUGGACCCCCGUCUCCGCUGAAGGCUGGUACGAACAACACACGGGUCAGAGGCCGAGCCGUGCUGGUCUUUUUUAACGUCUACUUUGAUUUUGUACAUUUUUUUAGUUGUGUGUGGCACAGCUGACGUGACAACGACGGACACAUUCCCCUGCAGGCUGCGUGUUCUCCAGCCGAGAGAGGCCUCCUGGAGUGUCUCUCUCUCUCUCUCUCUCUCUCUCUCAACAGCCUCAGUUUGUUUUUUCUGUGUUUUUAAAAAUGAAUUGGGCAAUAAUUGACCAGCUAGAUGGACUUUUGGGCGCGUCUAGGUGGACCGUGUGGACAAAUCCAACAUUCCUGGGCUUGCGUGAAACAUGAUGUCAGUGAUGAUGUCAUCUGUCUCUCUGUACCGCCCCGACGCAGGCUGGAUGCAUUGCCACGGCAACCAACGGACAGAGGGGGCUGGCACUAUGCUCCUGCUCGGGGGCGGGGGGGGGGAAGCAAGGUACUCUGCCAAGUCUAAUGCAAAAAAUAACACACGCUCUCAAAGUGAGGAUGGACCUUAAGGGGUUUUUUUUAAAAGAGAAUAUAGUUUAUUUAAAAAUAGACAGAGGAGUAUUAGGUGGAAGGAAUAUCCAAAUGAAGAUGGGCGUCACGGGCCCCCCAACGCACACACACACACACACACUAGUUUCAGGAACAGGUUGUCUACUUUGUCGAGUUUGCAGCCAGGUCAGUUAAAGAGUUAUUGUGUGUUUGGGGGGGGCGGGUUUCAGGUCAGGUUCCGUUAUGAAAUGACUAGCCUUUUGGCAUCAGGCGGACAGCCAGUCUGAGCUUCAACCCUGCGUCACGUGUGCAUCUGGAGCUGCGCACGUUGCUAUGCAACAAACGGAAAUCGUGAAAAUCUGGAGGUGGUCGUUCAGGGUCCACGACGCGUCCUUAUCUGGGGCUAAAGGUCGCUGUGGUAACGAACAGUUAAAGAUUACCACGGUGACCUCUGUGUCCAGGUGGCAGGGCGCCUCUGAAGGGUCCCCUCCACGUUAACAAGUGCAUUACACAUUAGCCACUGUCUUCUUACUACAGAGACUCACACGGAGUGCUCAUGGAAGUGCAUCUCUGUAUCAUGCUUGUUAAGUGUUAUUUAUGAAAUUAAAAAAACUGUCUUAAAUAGUAAA